CCAAAACCGGACGGACGUACCGGAGUAGAGCUGUUGUUGCAGUAAAACCUGUCCGGGUAGAUAAGUGGGUGAAAGGUCCAGCACGCUCGAGUGACAGCGGCGCGUUAACAGCUCUCACACGGACACACACGGACCAGGGCAGAGCGGAAAGCAAAAAUGUCCAAACAGCCGCAAGCGAUCAGCCCGGCGAAGAACUUCUUCGCUGGAGGCUUCGGAGGAAUCUGCCUCGUCUUCGCCGGACACCCCCUCGACACCAUCAAAGUGCGUUUACAAACUCAACCCAAACCCAAACCUGGAGAGAAGCUCGCAUAUGCUGGAACCAUUGACUGUUUCAAAAAGACCUUAGCCAAAGAGGGUGUGAAAGGUCUCUAUAAAGGCAUGGCCGCCCCGAUCGUUGGAGUCACACCCAUGUUCGCCGUCUGUUUCUUUGGAUUCGGACUCGGCAAGAAACUGCAACAGAGAACUCCCGAUGAAAUCCUCACGUAUCCACAGCUGUUUGCAGCAGGGAUGUUGUCCGGUGUGUUCACCACGGCCAUCAUGGCUCCUGGAGAGCGAAUCAAAUGCCUCCUACAGAUCCAGGCGUCAACGGGGGAGGCCAAGUACACUGGAGCCAUGGACUGUGCCAAACAGCUGUACCGACAGUCUGGAAUCAGAGGCAUCUACAAAGGCACAGCUCUGACUCUCAUGAGAGAUGUUCCUGCGAGUGGGAUGUACUUCAUGUCCUACGAGUGCCUGAAGAAUUUCCUCACGCCAGCAGGAAAAAGCCACAAUGAGCUCAGCAUUCCCAGUGUGUUGUUUGCUGGAGGAAUGGCCGGAAUCUGUAACUGGGCUGUCGCAAUUCCACCCGACGUUCUCAAGUCUCGUUUCCAGACAGCUCCGGAGGGAAAAUAUCCCAACGGUGUCCGGGACGUGUUGCGGGAGCUGAUCAGAGAGGAGGGCGUGUCCUCGCUGUACAAGGGCUUCAACGCAGUCAUGCUUAGAGCUUUCCCCGCUAAUGCAGCUUGUUUCUUAGGAUUUGAACUUGCGAUGAAGUUCCUGAACUGGGCAGCACCGAACCUGUGAUGAAGGCUCAGCGUCGCCUCAUAUAUGAAUCCCAGGAACAGACCUGUGACUCAACGAUGGAGUCAUUAGCAGUUCACACACACAUACACACACACACACACACACACACACGCACACACACACACACAGAGAAUCAAACAAUACAAAGAGAUUUUAAUAACUAUCCAAGAAUGUACUUGAUAAUCUCUGAAACCUCUUGGUACUGUAGAACACAUGGAGCGUUCAGAGCUGCCGAUGGUUCAGUGCGGAGACGUUGUCAUGACUCUGUACUAGUGCCAGUACACAAACGUACACACACAGACAGUCGAAUGUUCUUACUCCUUUUCGUUUUACUUGUUUGGAUUUUUUUUUUUUUAUUCUCUACUUUUUUUAUUCAAUGAGAAAAGGAGUCAACUGAACAUGUUGUGCCUUACCUUUUGUUAUCUGCGAGCAGGUGAACAUAUCAGGGAAAAGGUGCACUUUGUUUCACUGUGUGUGUUCAGUCUCUCAGCAAUACACACCUUCAGACUGUCCUUUGCAUUCUGUACGGUCACACACAAACACACACAAACACACACACCACUCAGUGACCACUGAUACCAAUGUUUUGUUUGUUGAGUUUAUGGGAGUAGUCAUAAAAUUAAAUGAACAGUAUGUGAAUGUCGGCAUGUAUAGAAAUAAAAAUAUGAAUCCAUA